UGGCUUUGAUCCCACUUUGACCCAACAAAAAUUCGAAAAUCGCCACCUCCCAAUCCCAACCCUUUUUUAAACCCUAAUUUCAAAUCCCAAAUCCCAAAUCCCAAUUCCCAAAUCCCAAAUCCCAAAUCCUUUUCUUCUCUUCUUGUUUUUCUUUCAAUUCAAUCUUCUUCUUCUUCUUCUUCUUCUGGUUUCCGGGGAGUGCAGCCGCAGCUGGAGGAGAGAGAAAUUGGGUUUCUCUCUCUUCUGGUUAAACAACGAAUUGUUUUCCUUUUUUAAAAAGAAUUUUUUUUUUGAAUUUUCUUUUAUGCCCAAUUUCUGAAGAAGCUGUUUUGGAUUUGGGUCUGGUUCUUUGAGGGGUGCGGUGGUUUCUUCGUUUUUUGGGACGGAUUAGGGUUUCGUCUUCUGCUGGGGGUGAGAGGACGCGGCGGCCCAAUUAGCUACAAUGAAUAUGAUGCGUCGUCUUAAGAGCAUUGCUUCAGGUCGGACUUCGAUUUCAUCUGACCCUGGUGGAGAUUUUGGGAUUAAGCGGGCUAAAGUUGAUCAAGAAACUGAACGGAAGGUUGAUGGGGUAUCGGAUGAUGUCGGAAGAAUUGCCUCUGGAUUAGAACCGAAUUUGGCUUCUACUUCAAUGGACAAUGCUGCAAGCACAUCGAAUAUUUCAUCAACGGCUGGAGCAGUAAAGUCCGGCUAUGAUCACCUUCCAAGAGAAAUGCGUGAAAUGAGAAUUAGAGAUGACAAAACCAACCAUGAUGAAAAGGAUUUGGUGGAACCUGCUAUCAUUAAUGGCAGUGGAACAGAAGCUGGUCAGAUAAUAGCAACUACAGUAGGCGGGCGGAACGGAAAACCAAAACAGACGAUCUCCUACAUGGCAGAGCGUGUGGUUGGUACUGGUUCUUUCGGUGUUGUCUUCCAGGCUAAGUGCUUGGAAACAAAUGAAGCUGUAGCAAUAAAGAAGGUGCUGCAGGAUAAGAGAUACAAGAACAGGGAACUUCAGAUUAUGCGCAUACUUGACCAUCCUAAUGUCGUUCAACUGAAGCAUUGUUUCUUUUCCACUACUGAUAAAGAUGAGCUGUACCUUAACCUUGUCCUGGAGUUUAUAUCUGAAACUGUCUACAGAGUUUCUAAGCAUUAUAUCAGGAUGAACCGAAGCAUGCCCAUUAUUUAUGUGCAGCUUUAUACAUAUCAGAUUUGCCGGGCUUUGAAUUACUUGCAUCAUGUUGUAGGGGUGUGUCAUCGUGAUAUUAAGCCUCAGAAUUUACUGGUUAAUCCUCACACCCAUCAGCUGAAGAUAUGUGAUUUUGGGAGUGCAAAGAUGUUGAUGCCUGGGGAACCUAACAUAUCUUAUAUUUGUUCACGGUAUUAUAGGGCCCCAGAACUCAUAUUUGGGGCAACAGAGUAUACCAAUGCAAUUGAUAUGUGGUCUGUAGGUUGUGUAAUGGCUGAGCUUCUUUUAGGACAGCCUCUUUUUCCUGGUGAAAGUGGUGUUGAUCAAUUGGUAGAAAUCAUCAAGAUAUUGGGAACACCAACCAGAGAGGAAAUUAAGUGCAUGAACCCAAAUUAUACAGAAUUCAAAUUUCCUCAGAUUAAAGCGCAUCCAUGGCAUAAGAUAUUUCACUCGAGAAUGCCUGCCGAAGCAAUCGAUCUUGUAUCUAGAUUGCUCCAGUAUUCGCCCAACCUACGUUGUACUGCGUUGGAGGCUUGUGCACACCCUUUCUUUGACGAUUUAAGAGAUCCAAAUGCAUGUUUACCCAACGGCCAAGCUCUACCGCCAUUGUUCAAUUUCACAGCACAAGAACUUGCUGGUGCAUCGACUGAGUUGCGCCAUCGCCUCAUCCCCGAACACGCACAAAAUUAAAUUAAUGUGAAUAUGGCCUCCUGGAUAAUUGUGCUUUGGCCAAACCAACCCGUAAAGAUCAUCCAUUUGUAGUAGAUCUGUCGACACUGUCAUUAACAGCCUGCUCAUACCACGGAGAGGAAACGGGCGAGAACUGCAAUCGGUUUGUUCUCCGGGUGAAGGACGCAGGCACACUGGCUAACGAGGUUCAUAUAAAAUUGUAGUGUUAACACUCAGCUUCUUGGCAGGUGUGUUUUUCUUUGACAGUGUAUAAGAAUCUACAUUGGGAUGAAUAGGGUUCUUGGACGUGUAUGUAUACUAUUCAAUACGAGUUUUGCUUUUAGCAGAAAGAAUCAGACCACCCCCCAUUCAAUUUAUUUCUUAUCUGCUAAUUUAUUAUAAA